AAACACAAACAAAAUCAUUAAAAAUCAAACAAGUUGCUUCAAUUACUGUCACUAUCUCAACAUCUAUGUUCCUCAAUAACUCAACUCACUCUUACAUCACUUUACUUUAAUUAAAAAAAAUUCAAACCCAGUUAAAAAUCUAACCAGAGUUACAAAAAAACAAAAACAACAAUGAUGUUCCAUAGAAGAAAAAAAGAACCAAACACAACAUUACCUCUUUCAAAUUCAUCAUCACAACCAAAUUCACCAAUGCCUUCAAAUUCAAAUUCUAGUUCCAAUUUUUUCAGAUUCAGAACUUCAACACUAACGACAUCGUUUCAAUCGUUAAUAUUACUCAUUUCAUUACUUCUUAAUUUUUAUUUUCUUUUAAUUCUGUGGGCCCCAUACCCCACCACAUAUAAACCUUCCUCCGUCGUAUCUCGUCUCUCACCAACCACGCGCCGUCAUGUUCUCUUCUCCGUCGCUUCUUCUUCUCUCUCAUGGCCACACCGUCAAUCUUACGUUCAGCUUUGGUAUAAACCUAAAUCGACUCGCGCACUCGCUUUUCUCGAUAAACCGCCGGUGAAUUCGUCUUCUUUGUCACCUCCGGUUGUGAUCUCCGGCGAUGCUUCUGGAUUUCCGUAUACUUUACAAGGAGGACUUCGCUCAGCGAUUCGUGUGGCGCGUGUUGUGAAAGAAGCGGUGGAUCGGAAUGAAUCGGAUGUUCGGUGGUUCGUGUUCGGGGACGAUGAUUCGGUGUUUUUUGUGGAGAAUGUUGUUAGGACUCUUUCGAAAUAUGAUCAUGAUAGAUGGUUUUAUGUUGGGAGUAAUUCUGAGAGUUAUGAACAGAAUUCUAUGUAUUCGUUUGAGAUGGCGUUUGGUGGAGGAGGUUUUGCUCUAAGUUAUUCACUUGCUAAGGUUUUAGCUAGGGUUUUGGAUUCUUGUUUGAGAAGAUAUGGAUUUUUGUAUGGUAGUGAUGCUAGAAUCUAUUCAUGUGUUGCUGAGCUUGGUGUUACAUUGACUCAUGAACCUGGAUUUCAUCAGUUAGAUAUGCGGGGGAAUUUAUUCGGGUUGCUGGCCGCACAUCCGUUAUCUCCUUUAUGUUCCCUUCAUCACUUGGACGCGGCAGAGCCUCUCUUUCCAAACAUGAAUCGAACACAAGCUUUGGAAAAUCUUAUUGCAGCUACAAAUGUUGAUCCCGCGAGAAUUCUGCAGCAAACUGUCUGCUAUGAUCGUUUGAAUUCUUUGACUUUCUCAGUUUCUUGGGGUUACGUUAUCCAGGUUUUUCAAGGAAAUGUACUUCUUCCUGAUCUACUUGCGGUAAAAAGAACUUUUGCACCGUGGAGGAAGAUUCAUUCCAAUUUCAUGUUUGACACAAGAGACAAUCCUAAAGAUCCUUGUAAAAGGCCUUCUAUAUUUUUCUUGAAAAAUGUUACUUCUGAUAAAAGGGGCAUCUGGAGCGAUUACAGUAGGCAAAUAGAAAAGAAAUGCCCGAAAUCAAAUCCUACACACCCGAAGAAGAUCACUGUUUUUUCAAGAAAGCUUGAUCUUAGUAUUGAAGAGAUGAAAGCUCCCCGUCGUCAGUGCUGCGAUGUUUUUCCAUCUACAAAUGAUACAGUCAGUAUUCAUUUAAGACGGUGUGAAACCAUUGAACUGAUCUCCAUGGAAUCAUAGCAUUCUUUUAAGAAGUUGCCACUAUUAAAAGCUUUGAAACUUUCGCGAGCAUGAAUGCUUGAUAGAGUUCGGACCCAUGUUGAAGCUGAUAUAAGGUGGAUGCUUCUUCAUCAUGAUUAUGAUCAUGACUGUUCUUAGAACUUUGUUUCAAUAGGAUAUACUUUCAUUUAGAACUUGAAUCAUUUUCUCUGUUUCAAAGUUGGAUCGAAGGUAAAUAUAUUUCUUUCAACCUUCAUCAAUUCUUAAUUAACUUUGUUAUGUCAUUCAACAAGGGCCGUUCGACAAGUCGAGGGGAUGUUUCCUUAGGACACUGCCAGCAAUAUGUCACUAAGUUUAUGUCCACUUUGCGGUAGAGAAAGAUUAUUGAUCACUUUGCAGAAGAAAUAUAUGUACUCGGAGAUAACUACAUGCCGUGCUGGUGAUCAACCUCUCACAGGCAGGUUUUAAUUCGCCGUGCAGAUGCAUUUUUUCAAAUGGCUUCUUUCCCUGCAGUUUGUAGUGUUGUACAUAUUAUUGCAUGUAUUCAUCAUAUAAAAUGCACAAAAUUUAAUGGAAGCUCCCAUGUUUGUAGUGAGGUAACCUCUUACCUGAAGGACCAAUUUUGCUCUGGAUUGUGAUCCCAAAGGGGACCAUGUCUCGUUGUAGGCUAUUUAAGCUAACUAUUGAUUUGUCUUGAAAUUUUGUAAAUGUACUGUAACUGUUUUGGUUGCUCCAUAGUUAAUAGUACUUUUUAUGCAAUGAGAUAUGAAUUUAUGAUUCCAUGUUA